AUGGUCUGCGCAAAGUGCACAAAGCUCGGCAAGGGAGGGAGCACCCUCGCGACGCCCUCCGUCAAGAAGAAGAGCGAGAUCUACCACGGCUCCGGCACCUCAUCGUCCUCGUCCUCGAAAGCGACCCUGGGAAGCACCGGCAUCGGCAAGAGCAAGCUCCUCUCCAAGGCGGCCAAGAACCCGUACGCCCAGUACUCGAGCGCGUGCUCAAAGUGCAAGACCAAGGUCUCCCAGGGCCACGCCCUGUGCCAGUCGUGCGCAUAUCGCGCCGAUUCCUGCGCCUCUUGCGGCAAACCCAACAAGAAGAAGACGGCCGCGCCCGCCGUCGCCGGUCAGAAGUUUACGCUCAAGUGA